GGAAUUAUUAACCCCAUAAACAAUUAAUCAAAACUACACAAUUAAGAAUGUGCAUGCCCACUUUUUUGCUUUCUAUAUAUAAACCUAGAUGAAGAACAUGAAUUUCCCAACCUCAGCCUUUCUUAUUAUACCAGAGAAAUUUAAUUAACAGUAGUACGUAGUCAAAUUAGUUAAUCUAGAGAGAUCUACAAAUAUGGCCCAAAUAGCAAAGAUGGAGUUUCAACUGGAACUCAAGUCCUCAGCCGAAAGGUUUUAUGAGAUCUUUCGUAGUAAAAGAUACCUCAUUCCUAAAAUGUGUCCUGACUUGAUAAAGAAUGUCAAGAUAAUUAAGGGUGAUUGGGAGACUGUGGGUUCAAUCAAGGAAUGGACUUGUGUAACAGAUGAUUCUGAGACAAUGAAGGAGAUGACUGAAGCAAUAGAUGAAGAGAAGAAGAGUAUGACUUUCAGAACAUUGGAUGGAGAUAUCACAAAGGACUACAAUGACACCAAGGCCAUACUUGAGGUCAGUAGUACUGGACCACAUGCUCGACCAGGCUGCUCUGUCAAGUGGACUCUUCUCUACGAGAAGAAGAAUCAUGCUGUCUCUGAACCUUCUAAGUAUAUGGAUUUUUUUCAAGCCAUUUCUCAAAGUAUCGAUGCUUACCUCUCCAAUACUGCAUGAUAUCAAUAUGUGUACAACCACUAUAAAUAAAUAA